AUGACGGACAGCCGCUCAACGAAAGGCUCAGCUAAAGCUUGCAGCAUGAGCGACCUCUCGUUCAAGAGUGAAAAAGAACAGAAUCAGCAACAAAAACAACAAUUUGCCGUGAGUCAGGUGUCCAUGCAUACAGCAGCAGAACAAGAUGCGGCCUCAGCACUCGAGAAUAGGAAUGCAAAGCAUAGCGCCAGAGAAAAUUCCGCAUUGCCCAAAGGAUUCGUUUUGUAUGCAUCUUUAACGGCGCUGGCUUUAUCAUUGUUCCUGGCCGCUUUAGAUACCAUGAUAGUUUCCACAAUCAUUGAAGAGGUCGCCAAGCAGUUCGGUUCGUACUCGGAGAUCGGUUGGCUAUUUACUGGGUAUAGUUUACCAAACGCACUGUUAGCGUUGAUAUGGGGGAGGAUUGCUACGCCCAUCGGGUUCAAGAGGACUAUGUUGUUUGCUAUAGUCAUUUUCGAAGUCGGAUCGUUGAUCUCUGCACUAGCCAACUCAAUGAACGUGCUUAUCGGCGGUAGGGUUAUUGCUGGCGUUGGUGGCUGUGGUAUUCAAAGUUUGUCGUUCGUCAUUGGCUCGAAUUUGGUGGAGGAAUCGAAUAGAGGUGUACUGAUUGCCAUCUUGAGCUGUUCCUUUGCUAUCGCAUCAGUGGUUGGGCCUUUCCUCGGAGGAGUUUUUACUUCCAGGGUCACAUGGAGAUGGUGUUUCUACAUUAAUCUACCAAUCGGUGGUUUAACCUUUUUCCUAUUUUUGAUGUUUUGUAACCCAGAUCCGCAUACAUUUCAAGAAACGGUGCGUAACAUCCUUAGGAUCCCAUCACAAUUAAUAGAAUUUGUGCGUAAAGUAGGACAUCACUUGUCGAAAGUCAAAGAACUGGGCAAGAGAACCAGCUGGAAAAUUCUGUUGACGGAAUUGGUUUUCAUGUAUGAUAUUAUCGAAUUUGUGCUUUGUACAGCAGGGUUCACAAGCAUCUUAUUGGCUUUCACGUUUGGUGGCAACCGAUACGCUUGGGACUCCGCUGAAAUUAUAGUUCUUUUUGUCAUCGGUGUCAUCCUGGUAAUUUUAGCCGCUGUUUAUGAUUUCUUCGUAUUCCCCAAGUUCGACGUAGUGAAAACAGCACCACGUUAUCAGCCACUAAUGUCAUGGAGAAAUAUAAAGAGACCAGGUAUUUUUACAGUCAACAUAGCCCUUUUCCUUCUUUGCACAGGAUACAUUAGUCAAUUCACGUACAUUGUACAAUAUUUUCAAUUGAUUUACAACGACUCCGCAUGGAAAGCCGCCGUACACCUGGUCGCCUGUAUCAUUCCUACCGUCAUCACAUCCGUAGUCUGUGGGGUCAUCACCGACAAGACACGCCAAAUAAAGCCUAUCAUUGUCAUUUCAAGCAUUCUUGGUGUGGUUGGUGCAGGAUUGCUAACUCUAUUGAAUAAUAGCGCAAGUAACUCAGCUCAUAUUGGCCUUCUGAUCUUACCGGGCAUUGCCUUCGGUGGAUUGAUGCAGAGUUCCAUGCUCGCUUCUCAAAUUCAAUUAGACAAGGAAAGCCCAACUUUCCACUCAGAUUUUGUCUCUAUCACAACUUUUAGUACCUUUUCCAAGAAUUUAGGUCAAGCUCUGGGCGGUGUCAUCUCUAAUACGGUUUUCAGUGCUGCUGCCGUAAACAAAUUACACAAGUCCAAUAUUGAACUGCCUGGUGGCAGCACGGCAAAUAAUCUGGUAGUCUAUAGGCAAACUCACUUUGAUGGAUCCCAUUCCAAAUUGGGGAAUAUCAUUUCGGCAUCUCUCACUGAUGUCUUUUACACGGCGUUGGGAUUUUAUGGACUAUCGUUCGUUUUUGCGGUUUUUGCUUCAGGCAAAAAGGUUGCAGUUAAACCAAUACGAGUAAAGGAUGAUCUAGAAAAGGGAGAAGGCAUAAACGAUAAAUCCAAAGAAAAACAAUGA